AUGGAGGAAACCAGACAAUUAAGUGGAAAGCGCCCUAAGCUUUCGGAUGGAGAGCAAAACAUGGCUUCGAUCGACAGGUUCAGCAGCUUGCAGGACGAAGUCAUAUGCCACAUUCUCUCUUUCCUCCCGACAAAGCUCUCAGUGGCGACCAGUGUUCUCGGAAAAAGAUGGAGGUUUCUAUGGGCCCAUGUACCCUCUCUACAUUUCAGUGUAUUCGAUUUCCGGAAAGAAGGAACGCAUGUCUUGGACAUCAUCGACAGGGUUCUAUUGCGGCACAAGGCGAAAAGAAUGGAUACUUUAACACUCAAAUGCGUUAAGUGCAACGAGUUUCAACUGGAGACAUUCAUUACAACUGCCAUCGAUCGUAGUAUCCGGAAUCUUUGUCUUGAACUUGACUUCAAUAUAUUCCCUCUAUACCUCUUCAACUGCAAAACCAUUGUCGACUUGAAGCUUGAUAACAAUAGAGCGUCACUCUCUGCUGUGAAAAAUGUGUCUCUGCCUAGCCUCAAGAAGUUAUAUGUUUAUAAUCUUAUAUGCGAGAAUGAUGAUACGCUUCCUCGUUUUCUUUCCGGCUGUCCGUCGCUCGAGGAGUUGAAUAUGGAUUUCAGCUUCGUGAAAGAAGAUGAUUAUGUGGGCUGCAUAAAUAUAUCAUCACCCACGAUAACGAUGCUUCAGAUUGAUUGUUACAUUUCAUGUAAGUUUGAAUAUAAGAUGAUAAUAAAUGCCCCGGCCCUUAGGCAUCUCGAAGUGGAUGGCUAUGACUUGGAAUGUAUAACAAUUCCUAUAACCAUGAUCUCCUUAGUUGAGGCGGAUAUCGACUUAACAUAUGAUUCUUUCUCAAAUCUGAAAACAAAUUACACUUCCACGGUGGUUAAAUUUCUUCACUCUCUGUCUUAUGUAAAGUGCCUGAAGAUACCAGAUUGGGAACUUGAGGAGUUUGUUGGAGUUGCUUGUUCAACCGUAAAGUUUGAUAAUUUAACCAAACUUGAACUCGAGUUGAACUUCAAUUGGAGUUUGCUUGUAAAGUUCCUUGAAGUUGCUGAUAAUCUUCAAGUCCUUACUUGUCGGCAGAUUGGUUUUGUAACGGGAUAUUUGUGUCCGGAGCCCGAACAAGUGCCUAAAUGCUUAUUAUCCAGUCUAAGAACUAUAGAAAUUACACGGAUGGAAUACAAAGAGAAUGAACUUGACAUGAUCAGAUAUCUUUUGAGGAAUUCUCGAGUAUUGGAGAGGAUGGUACUAUUUUCUGCGUGUAUGGAUCUGGAUCUGAAAACGCAAUUAGAAGCUCUUAAGAGAAUUUCAUUGUUUGAGCGAGGAUCCAGCGCAUGUCAGCUUGACUUCCUUCCGGAUAAGUAA